AUGUACGAGAAGAAGAGGGAAGAAGGAUAUAAUGAUGAAGAUUUGAUUCAAUUUGCAAAGGAUGGAUGGAGAUGUCACUUGGGUGAUAUCAAACCUACUAUUCAAUUUGAUGGUAUAGUGCGAUCAACAACUCUUGGUAAACUCGGUAGAGAUGUAAAGUCACCAUUGAAAGAAGCAUUUGUAAUUCUGUUUCGUGAACAGUUUUGGAACAUACUAUUGGAUUCAAUCAACAAAAACAUUGAAAAGAAUAAAAAGGCUGGGGGAAAGGGCAACAACAAUAAUAAUAAUAACAAAAAGAAACUAAGCGGUGGAACUGCAAUUGGACCUAUUGAAUUAAAGGAUAUAUGGGAUUUCUUGGCAACAAGAUACACAUUGUGUUUGUACCAUAGUUCUAAUUUUACAACCUAUUCAGAGUAUUCAAUAUACUUUGAUGCUCAAACAUUCAUGGCACAAGACAAAUACUUGGUCAUUGAACAAGCAUUUUCAUUGUCAGAAGAAUCAAUACAUCAACUUUGUCAAGAAAUGUCUAUAAAUGCAAGUGAAUUGGUAAAAGGAUUCGAGUCUGGUUUAUCACACAACAAGGUUAAAUUUGAAUGGAAUGUUGUAUUUGAAGAGCAGUCUGUAGAUUAUAGAUUGUCAUCUUUCUUUGAUGGACAUCAUGUCAGGGAAAAGAAGAAGGUAAAAAAGUGCAAAGAUGAUUCAAAGCAAGUAUCACUUACUGGUACUCAUAUUCGUCAUUGGUUUCCUCAUCUAGAUAAUAAUAAUAAUAAUAAUAAUAACAAGAAGAAAGGUGAUAAUAAUAAUAAUGUUGAUGAUGAUGAUAAAUUGAUGAAAUUUAUGGAAAACAAAAAGAUGUUUGUGAUUUCCAAAAGUACAAUUCAAAAUAGAACAACCAUUGAUUAUAUGAAUGACAAUGGACUCAAAUUUAUUGUCAAAUCAUCACCUCAAACAUUUCCAGAUGAAUAUCGUAUUUUGGUUGAUGGUGUUAAAGAUGGCGAUGAUGGAAAGGUAUCGGCUAUCAAUUUAAAUACAAAACUGCUUGUUUUAGUUGAUAAAGAUACAAUGUAUAUAACCAAUGUAUACGAACCAUCAUUUCGUAGAAAGAGUUUAAGUAAUCCAGCAUCAAAUCCAUAUACUACUAGUGAGAUUGAAGACUUUUAUUUUGAAUCUUUUUGGAACAAGAUUCAUCAGUUUGAUGCUACAGAAAAGCAUAUGAAUGAUUUAAACAAACUUUUGUAUCCACUCUCUGUGGCCGAUAGGAAUGCUGCAUUUGUUCUCAAUUUGAUGGACAGUUUCUUUGGCAAUCUAUAUUCCAUUGUCAGACUACUCAAUCCCACCAAAAUGUACAAUGAAUUCAUUAGGGAUUUGAAAUCUUUUCUAUUUAAUUCAUCCAAAUCUGAUUUGUAUCCAGACACUCCUUCUACUCCUACUCAUACUCGUAGUAAACAAUCAAAAACAAGAGAAAAAAAGAAACUAAAUAUAGCCGAUUUUUUUGCCACCAAAUGA